AGGCCUUCCAGCCUAUGAGGAUUUCAAGAAGCAGCAGUCCCACAAAGGUCUAAGAAACCAAUUGAACAACCUCACGAGUCGGAAGCUGGAAGACAUGAAGGAGAUGCACGUGGAAGAUGUGACGGAUAAGAGUUGGCAGUGGCUGGUCCAGAUCUUCGCCCGCCACGCCCUGCGCUACGCCUUCAAGUGGAAGAUGGCGUCCUUGGAACCGGGAGCCUUCCAAUACAUCACGCAAGACGAGUUCCGCGCCGAUGCCUCUGUCGCAGUCACUGAGUUCGUGCUUCUGCCUCACGAGCAGCACAUCUUCAUUUUUCUGAUGACAUCUUCAAGAUUCACCUGUGCCUUCUUGGCCAAUUACAAACUUUCACGUUUGGAACGGUUCACUUCAUUUGCAGUGGUCCUGCUCUCAUCUGUUGCAAUGAUCGUGGUGGUUUUCCACUGGUUGGGAUACUUUGGAGGUCACACCGCUGGCGCGGACGUGCCUUCCGAGUGCCAGAAUUCGGGCAGGGGUUCAACAGUCCAGUUCUUUGAGGAACUCUUCGUCUCCUUCGGCAUUUACUUCUUCAACGAGCUUUUGCUGGCGGUCGCGGUAAGAAUCCGAGGGGGCCGAUUCUUACUCUCCAAAGCGAUCGUGUACGAUGAGUGGUCUUGGUCUCCGAUUUGUCGACUUGGUGUGUAUGUGAUUUUCAUGUUCCUGCUAUAUCUGUGCAGCGUGUUUGUGGUUUUGCACUUUCUGGCCACAGCCACAGAAGAUGAUGUGGACCAUUGUUUUUUGUUCAUGGCCAUCAUCUUCGGCUUCGCGGUGGUCGUGAAGCCUUUGUUGAUCUGCACCUCGCUGAUGGCCUUCUGGUUGGCCUCACAGACCUGGAAAGCGGGCGCCGUGACGCAAGAGAUGGUAAGCAUGCUCUACAUUGCUGACAAGAGGCCCAACACUCUCUCCGCAAAGGAGAUCGAAAAGUUGGAUGAAGAUUUUGCCAAAAAACUCCUGGGACUCCAGGAUUCAGGACCUGUGUUCUUUGAGGACCACCAUGAACCGCUGGAGGACCAGCCCCAGAUACAGGCGAAUGUCUCUAGCACCUCUUCUUGGAAUGAAGGCCCAGGUAGAGGCUCAGAGCGAGGUGGCAAGGCCUCCAUGAUCGAUCGUCUCAUUGCAGCGGACCUUCAGGAAGCGACACGACAAAACUUCAAGAAGCGAACUGCGCACCGUGCUGCUCCUGUGGAGGUCAGGG